AUGUCGCUCCAUUGCAAGAGAUUUUGCCUCUUCUUUCUCUUAUUCUUCUUCUUUUCCCCCUUACUUCUUCCCCAGACAAGCGGAGGAGUAAUUCUUCAAUACCCCUGCAAGCCACCGAAGCACAACCAUUACCCAUUCUGCAACAAGUCCCUCUCCGUCACUUCCCGAGCUCACUCUCUCAUCUCCCACCUAACACUCCCGGAGAAAAUCCAGCAACUUUCCGACAACGCCACCGGCUUCCCUCGCCUCGGCAUCCCCGAUUACCUAUGGUGGUCCGAAUCCCUUCACGGAAUCGCCAUCAACGGCCCUGGAAUCUCCUUCAAGGGCCCUAUCUCCGCCGCCACGGGUUUCCCUCAGGUCAUCCUCUCCGCCGCGGCGUUCAACAGGUCGCUCUGGUUCUUGAUUGGGUCGGCGGUGGCGGUGGAGGCUAGGGCGAUGCACAAUGUAGGGCAGGCUGGGUUGACGUUCUGGGCCCCCAAUGUGAAUGUGUUUAGGGACCCUAGGUGGGGAAGAGGCCAGGAGACCGCCGGGGAGGAUCCUUUGCUGGGUUCUGAUUAUGCUGUUCAGUAUGUUAAGGGUUUGCAGGGGGGAGGUUGGGGAAAUGCUAGAAGGAAGAGCGUUGACUUUGGUGGCGGUAGUGGAUUUGGCGAGCACAGGGUUUUGGGGGAGGAAGAUGAUGUGUUGAUGCUGUCUGCUUGUUGUAAACAUACCAUGGCUUAUGACUUGGAGAAGUGGGGGAACUUCAGCCGCUAUUCAUUCGAUGCUGUGGUGACAGAGCAGGAUUUGGAGGACACAUUUGUGCCCCCGUUUCGUGGUUGUGUUCAGGAAGGCAAAGCAACCUGCUUGAUGUGUUCAUAUAAUCGACUGAAUGGUGUGCCUGCAUGUGCCCGAGAGGAUCUCCUUGAAAAAGCUAGAAAAGAAUGGAACAUGAAAGGAUACAUCACUUCAGACUGUAAUGCUGUUUCAACAAUUUCUGAUUCUGAAUAUCAAGGCUACACGAAAACCAUCGAGGAGGCAGUCGCUAUUACUCUUAAAGCUGGAAUGGAUAUUAACUGUGGAUCAACUGUGGCGCUGCAUGCUAAAUCUGCUAUUGCUCAAGGAAGACUGCAAGAGAAGGACAUAGACAGAGCUGUUUUCAAUCUUUUCUCUCUUCAAAUUCGUCUUGGGUUGUUUGAUGGAGAUCCCAGGCAAGGGAAGUUUGGGACACUUGGUCCUAAGAAUGUUUGUACUAAAGAGCACAGGAGGCUGGCCUUGGAAGCUACCAAGCAGGGAAUUGUCCUCCUUAAAAAUGACAACAGUUAUUUGCCAUUGAGCAAGAAAGAUGUUUCUUCACUUGCAAUUAUCGGUCCGUUGGCAAACAACGCUACCAAUAUCGGAGGAGAUUAUACAGGAUAUUCAUGCAAGCCUGAAAGCCUUUAUGAUGGCCUGAAGGCGUAUGCAAAGAAGACAGAGUUUGCAGCUGGUUGCACUGAUGUCCCAUGUGUUUCUGAUGAUCAAUUUGAUAAGGCUAUACGUAUAGCCAAACGAGCAGAUGUUGUAGUAGUUGUUGCUGGGCUUGAUUUAUCCCAGGAGACAGAGGAUCACGACAGAGUUAGUCUUCUGCUACCAGGCAAACAGACGUCCCUUGUCUUGUCCAUUGCUGCAGCAAGUAGGAAGCCGGUCAUUUUGGUCCUCACUGGUGGAGGACCAAUAGAUGUAUCGUUUGCCAAAGCUGACCACAGAAUUUCGAGCAUUCUUUGGAUUGGAUAUCCUGGCGAAGCUGGUGCAAAAGUACUUGCAGAAGUCAUCUUUGGUGACUACAAUCCAGGUGGGAGACUUCCAAUGACUUGGUACCCAGAAUCAUUCACCAAGGUCCCCAUGAAUGACAUGAACAUGCGAGCGGAUCCUUCUCGUGGCUACCCAGGGAGAACCUACCGUUUCUACAAUGGAGAUCAAGUGUAUGGAUUUGGCCAUGGCUUAAGCUACACCAACUACACUUACAGUCUCUUGUCAGCCCCUAGCAGGUUGAACUUGUUAGGAUUUUCAACCACUCGAAAGAGAGUAUUAGGAAGCCAACAAGGAGGGGGAUAUGUAUUCGUCGAAGACAUACCAUCUUGUGAUUCGCUCAAGUUCUACGUGGUAGCAUCUGUAAGUAAUGCUGGAGAUGUGGAUGGAAGCCAUGUGCUGUUGCUGUUUGCUAGAGCUCCAGAAGUGGUUGGAGGGACUCCAUUGAAACAACUCGUGGGCUUUGAACGCGUGAAUACGUUUUCGGGUCGGUCAACCGAAGCAAGCAUCUUGGUCAACCCUUGCAGACACCUCAGCAUAGCAAAUGAGGGAGGGAAAAGGGUGAUGGCUCUGGGAAACCAUGUCUUAAUGCUUGGAGACUUGGAGCAUACCGUUGCAAUUGAAACUCAUUAG